UAUUUUCCCUCCACCGUCUUCAAAGUGCUGACCAAAUGUCAUUUUAUACUUAGACGCAUUCUCGACCGCCAUAAAUCACAUUUGUGGCAAUGGACAACCCCGGCUUAUCUGACCUCGAGACUGUGCUUAAGGAAUUUAAGCAAAGUAUUGAAACCAACAGAGACAGGGAAAGGUUCAGGACAACUACAUUAAAGACCGUGAGAGACACUAUUGCCAAGAUACAGAGCCAACAGCAUGCGGGUCGUCAACUGCAGGAUCUGAACCGGCUGGCGCUCUUCCUUGAGGCAGCUAAGCAGUAUGGCGAGGUGGUUCGUUUGUUCUGCAAAAACGAUGAGAUCAUGCCAUUUAUCUGGAACUCUACUAGAAAUAACUAGUUCAUCCAGCCGGUGCAUCAAAGCAUUUGACGAGCUUGUUGGCCUAUACGAAAAGUUUGGGGAGGCGCUCCCUCUUCUCCAGCAAUAUGAAGACUUUUUUCGUACCAGGCCAUAUAAGGUGAAAAUUCUUGUCCUAAUAUACAAAGAACUUACCACAUUCCAUCAAAAUGCUUUAGAAUGCUUUCAAAACUUAGUAUGGGAGCAACUAUUUGAUAUUAACUGGGAGACGAUUAAACGGAGCCUUCUUUCUAUCAUCUCGAGUCUAGUUCGACAUAGAAAUGCCAUUGAGAACCAGGCCAGUCAGCCUCAGACGACAGACUUGGUAGAGACACACACAGAGCCAGCGACCCAAUCGGACCCCUUCAAGGAAGAGACUUACCGGCCACAGCGUUUAGCCGUAUGCCACUGGCUUCAGCCAAUAGAUCCCGCCUCAGAUCAAGAUGUAUUUUCCAAGAUUCGAGCAGAGUAUCCAGGUACAGGGAGAUGGCUUCUCGAUGAUGAGACUUUUAAAGGAUGGUUUGAUCUUCGAUACGCUAGGAUACCCCCGUUGCUCUGGCUUACAGGCUUGCCUGGGGCAGGAAAGACGAUUCUUACGUCUCUCGUAGUAGAAGAAGCACAGAAGCUUAUCCCAAGACCACGAAUGCUGAUCUUCUACUGCAAGCAAGGUCUACCCGAGCACAAUUCGUUCCUUGGACUUGCGCGCAGUUUCCUCCUACAACUGCUUAACCAGGACAAAGGUUUUCUAUUGUAUUUGUACCGUAAGCACUGUGACAGUAACGAAGCAGUUCUAUCUUCAAUACCCCUAGCUCAGGAGAUGCUACAGUUUCUGCUCUCUAGUUGCAAAAGCGCCUAUAUCAUUAUCGACGGUCUAGAUGAGUGUGAGAGAGAAGAACGGAAGCUCAUAACGCAAUGGUUCAGGCAUCUGGUCGAAUCACUCCCUGAAAGUGCUCCUGACCGCCUCCGCUGCCUAUUUGUCAGCCAGGACGAUCGAAUUGGGUCCAAAGACUUGCAAGGGCUUGCCAAGAUUAAAAUUGAACCUCAGGAUAACAUGCAAGACGUCCUGGUCUACAGCAGAGUACAGGCCAAUGAGCUAAGACGCAAGUUUGACUUCUCGGAGGAGGAAUCAAGUAGGAUUGCCAUUGGUGUUACUGAGUCCGUAAAAGGCAUAUUCUUACUGGCAAAAUUGAUAUGGAUCAAUUUGACAGCACAGAUAAGUCUUGCUGAGGUUGAAGAGCAAAUGAAAGAGUUUCCCCCGGAGAUCAAUAAGGCAUAUGAACGCAUAAUGGAUAAAAUAAUUGACAAAGCGCCCCGGCAAAUGAGAACAGGCGCUUUGCAGUUGCUUGGAUGGCUUGCUUGUGCAAAGCGGCCACUAAAAUGGCACGAAAUACAGUCCCUAAAAUCUAUCAACCUUGACCAACAGUUGGUUGAUUUUGCGCGUCACAAGUUUUCAGUAUCCGGGAAAGACCUUUGUGGCUCUUUGGUGGAACUACGAGAGGACGGAACACUGGAGCUGAUUCAUACUUCUGCGAAAGUGUUUUUGAUUGAAAAUUCGCGUUACAUAGAUAUAGUUGCCAAGGAACUCGAACUCGCAUGCCAUUGCAUUGACUACCUCAACCUUCCGGCGUUUACGGAUCAACCAACAGCUGAAAGAAUACUCAAUGGAGAUUAUGGGUUUCUUGAAUAUGCUGUUUUGAACUGGACUCGACACUUGGAAGCCGGCAUCUUAGAGCUUGGCGGCCAUGAUGACCAAAUCAGCGAACUUUCAGAGUCCCUGGAAACCUUUAUCAGAAUGCAUUGGAUAAAGCCAACCGUCAGGCUUCCAAUAUCCGGCGGAACACAGAAGAGGCUUAAAUGCUUCGAGGCUCUAGAUUUCUAUGACCAACUCGAACAAUCAGUUGUCUCAUGGAAGAAGCAGUUGCGACAUUUUGAAGGGAUGAAGCCUGGAGAGUUCGCCUUGGACCUCAGCAGCUUAGUUCUUGGUGUUCGAAAGGAGCUGGAGCAUGUAGCCACCUCCAUUUCAGACGCUUCAAUGCAAAAGACAAUAGAGGACAAGUACGGCAACAUGAUCUUUAAGUGUCCUCGACUUACCUGCCAAUUUUUUAUCAUCGGCUUUUCGACAGAGAAAGAACGAAAUGAACACUUCGAUAAACACAUUCGGCCUUUCCGAUGUAGAGAUGAGGGAUGCAGGGGCUCCAUGUUUGGAUUUGCGGCAAAGGAACAGCGAGACAAACAUAUAAGAGAUGUUCAUCCCGAAGACUUUGCUCAAAGUCAGGAAUUCCCGACUGAUGAAGAUGUGGCGCGGAGUAUGCAAAAUGAUACAGCUACAGAAGAAGCCAAUGUAUCUCCGGAAGAAGCACCACCACCACUGCCUGAAGCAGAGCCACUUCCUGAGUCGGACUCAGACUCGAACUCAGCAUUGGUGCUGGAACGAGAAGUACAACGCCAACAUCGCUCGCGAAAUAGGGGCAGACCACAAUAUUUCGAAUGCCCACAUUGUCCCAAAGUGUUUACCAAAAGGUUCAAUUUCACGUCACAUCUACAGAGCCAUACGGAUGAGAGGCCAUUUAGAUGUGGCCAGUGUUUAAAGGCAUUCUCUAGACUGAGCGAUCUUGGGCGCCACGAGGAAACGCACCGAGAAAAACGAUAUGUUUGUAAAGGCGUACUAAGAAACGGGGCCACUUGGGGUUGUGGAACGGCCUUCUCCCGGGCAGACACCCUGAAAACUCACUAUAGAUCUGAGGCUGGCAAGAGAUGUAUCCUGCCUUUCGAACAAGAGAAGAAACAGUGAUAGAAUAUUAAAGAAUUAGCUUGUCCUGGAAUGAUUAUACUACAUUACUACAAUUACCUAC